UCCACCCCAGUCCCGAUGCCGGGGCUGGGAACGCCUGCAAGGUCCGUGACGGUGGCUUCCCUCUGCCACCGCGGACCGGGGGAAGAAAGAGCCAGAGGAGCAGGAGAGGGAACGCACACAGGUCCCACGCACCGGCGGCACAAGAGGACCCGCUGCCGACCCCGCUCUGCGCCGCGCCGCCAUGCCUCCGAGCCGCCCCGCAGCGGGUGGCGCCGGGGGACGCCCCGCGCCCCGCCCCGGGGCCGCCCAGCCCGCCGGCGGCUCAGCCGGCGGGGACCCCCGGUGGCACCUCUCGGGGAGGCCAGCCCCGCCCCCUCCGCCCGGCGAGGCGCGGCCGGCACAAGAUGGCGGGCGGGGCAGGGCCCGCCCCUGCCGGCCGGGCGGCGGAAGGGGCGGGCAGCGGCGGCGGCGGGGAGCCAUGGGCCGCAAGAAGAAGGGGCCGGGGGGCCGCGAGGCGCGGCUGGUGGUCACUUUCGACGAGGAGAGGCGGAGGGAGUACCUGACCGGCUUCCACAAGCGGAAGGUGGAGCGGAGGAAGGCGGCGCUGGAGGAGAUCAAGCGGAAGCUGAAGGAGGAGCAGAGGAAGAUGAAGGAGGAGAUGAGGCUGAUGAACUGGAGCACUUGGUGACAUCACGGACAGAAUCUGUGAACAUUGACCACCCAAACCACAUUGUGACAGUGACCACCAUCAGUGACCUGGACCUCUCAGGGGCACGCCAGCUGGGACUGACCACCCCUGUGAGAGAAAAUGAUGGAUCAGAAGAAAAGAAAGGGGAAGAGGUGGUGAACAAACCUGUAAGAACAAUGCCCAAGAAGGCCAGAAACCCCUUCCUGUCUGAAAAAAUCUCUUCUCUUACUGCCACACUGCAUAUGCACAGCCGGAAAAAGACAAAAGGAAAGAGAUCUCAAUGUGGGCAAGGCCCACGCAAGAAAGUCCAGAAAUCCAGCACGGGGCGAACCACUAAGACUCAACGACGAAGGCUGACAGGCAAAAUGGGCCGCGACCAAGAUUAACAGAGAAACUGGUGCUCAGACCAGCAGCUGGGACGGCGCUCCAUGUCUGGCCUGCUGCUCUUUGGGGCCUCUUCAUUGCGGGCAAGGGCCUUGUUUACUUGGUUCUCUGACCAGCAGUGAGCCCAAUACAGGCUUUCUCUUGUCUCCUAAGCACUGGUCAGGGUGACUGGAUGCGAUCAAUUUAUUUCUGCAGUGAUCUCCAGCUAAGUGGGUGCCAGAGAGUCUAAAAAUUUGUGCUGGGGCUCACAUUCUCUAUUUGGCAUAACCCUGCUGCCCUUGGGCCUCCCCUUCCAGAGCUGAUACUUGGCUUUAUCAAAGGAGAGGCUCUCGGGUGGAGCACAACAGGCACAUCCACAUCGUCAGGGCAGUUUAUGAAAUUUGGAAGAGCUCUGCUUCCACUCAGCAUCAGUGCCCUGGCAUUUCUGCUGUGUAGCAAAUCCUUUUUUCUACGGAGACAUGGUAUCAUCUUGUCCUGUGUGUUUCUUCUCUAGUGCCACCCCUGAAUGCAGGGGUACUUUUUGUUUGGUACCUGUGCCAGAUAAAAUUUGGUAAUAAAUCUUUAUGAAGUUU